AUAUUAAUAGUUGACUUCCGGUCGGAGCCGCGAGGGUGUCCUGGAAGCGCUGUCCUGAAGCUGCGGUCCUGAGAUUGCGGCGCAGAAACACGCUGCUGCUUAAAAACGGGCUUUCCCCUCAGCGAGUCAGUCAGUGAGUCUAAGGCGGCUUCAGACACGGUUCCGGACUGGAAAUGGGUCGGCAGGGGCAGAGAUGGCCGGUGUGGAGCUUACUCCUGGGACUGUCGGUGUGUGUCAGCGGGAUAAAGCGACAAGAACUUUUUCCGUUCGGGAGAAGCGCAGGAGACCAGUCCCUCGAAGCGGGCAACGAUAAAACUCGGGAGAUCACGCCGGACAAGCCCGUGACAUUUUACGACGGGCAGUUCAGCAAGAUUUACAUCAACACCAACGGCUUCGUUGCUCUGGAGGCGCCGACGGCAGAGUCUGAGUAUCUGGGGAACAUGCCGGCUGGUUUCGGGAUGAUCGCAGCUCUUCAGGGCGACCUGGACACCAGCGACGGAGUGGGAAAGGUGUUCUUCCGCCAGGACUCCAGUCCAGCUCUUCUCCAGCAGGCGGCCGAUCACAUCAACAGAGCCUUCCCCGAGGAUGACGUGGUGAACCCCAUCAGCGCGGUGGUGGUCACGUGGGUGGAUGUGGCGUCCCAUCGGGCUGAGAGCAGAGGGGACGGACUGGAGUCCACCGGAAGAAGAAAUACGUUUCAGCUGGUCAUUGCUUCUCUGGAGACCAUGUCUUAUGCGAUUCUUCUGUACCCGAGAGAAGCGAUGCAGUUCCAGAGCACCGGCAGCUACACGAUGCACGCCGGCUUCAGUAAAGGACAUAUAAGCAGGAAGCAGGGGCCGUACUACCGCAUCACAGACGACACCGAGCUGUCUGUCAGGAGCUUAGCUGAGCAGACCAACUCCGGGAAGCGUGGCGUGUGGGUUUACGAGAUAGGAACGCCUCACUUCACGGACGUCGCUCCCGGAGAAGUGCCGGACCUGCCUCCGGACUCCCACCGGCAUCAGACCGCAAGGAACCACCACCAUCAGCGGCCGCUGUACCCCGACGUCCGGCGGGAGAGCCUGGGCGGAGUCUACGACCGGCCGGAGCAUCCUCCACCCGUCCCGGUGCAGGCGGUCCAGUACAGACCCGAGCGGCCGGCGGUCGUGGAAAUCGAAAACGGAGACGGAGACAACAUCGAGGUCGACGUGUUUACGUACAGCUCUGGUGAAUGUGAUGGACGGAAAUGCUCUAAAUUUGGGGAAUGCCGGAGUCAUCCGAGCGGACGAUGCUGUCAGUGUAAACCUGGAUACUACGGGAACGGCGUGCAGUGCGUCCCUGAUGGUAUUCCUCAGAGGAUGAACGGUAAAGUGAGCGGCAGGGUGAUCGUGGGAAGCUCUCCGCUGCCCGUGGAUUUCGCCAGUAACGAUCUCCACUCGUACGUGGUGGUGAACGACGGCAGAGCGUACGUGGCCAUCAGCGCCAUUCCCCCGAUCGUCGGCUUCUCUCUGCAGCCGCUGUCGUCCGUCGGGGGGAUCAUCGGCUGGGCCUUCGCCCUUCAGCGGCCGGGCUUCAAGAACGGCUUCAGCGUCAUCGGCGGAGUGUUCAAACGUCAGGCCGACGUGACCUUCCAGCCAGGUGGAGAAAGGCUGACCAUCUCUCAGGAGUUCAAAGGCAUUGAUGAGCACGACCACCUGAUGGUUGACACCAGACUUGAAGGAAAGAUUCCUGAGGUUCCUCAGGGAGCCACAGUUCAGAUUGCCUACACAGAGAUCUACCAGUACAGCACCAACUUGAUUUCUGCUUCAUCCACCCGGGAGUACGUGAUCAAUCUGCGGGACCGUUCAACCCAAAGCAGAAGCUACAAUUUAAGAGAGACCAUCACGUUUCAGGGCUGCCACCUCGAUGAAGUGGUCAGAGCCACACAGAUGCUCAGCGUCGACCAGGUCUUCGUCAUGUAUGACACGAGCGAACAGCUCUUGCGUUACGCCACGAGUAACAAGAUCGGUGACGUCAACGGUGGACAAACGGAGGAAAACGCCUGCUUCACCGGCAGACACGGCUGUGACACCAACGCCGUCUGCAGACCCGGCCAAGGAAACCAGUUCACGUGUGAAUGUGCCACGGGCUUCACCGGAGACGGACACGCUUGCGCUGACGUCGAUGAAUGCAGGGACACUCCUCAGAUCUGCGGGCCGAACGCCAUCUGUAAUAACCAGCCGGGGACGUUUCGCUGCGAGUGCCAGGACGGCUUCCAGUUCGCCGGCGACGGACAGACGUGUGUCGAGGUGCAGCGUCCCGUGGACCCGUGUCGCUUGGGCACCCAUGACUGUGACGUCCCCGAGCGCGCUCGCUGCAGCUACACCGGAGCAUCGUCCUACAUCUGCAGCUGCCUGCCCGGCUUCAUGGGAGACGGACGCAGCUGUCAGGACAUAGAUGAGUGUCAGGUGAAUCAGUGUCAUGACGAUGCCGUCUGCCUCAACACACCUGGAUCUUUCACCUGUCAGUGUAACCCUGGUUUCUAUGGCGAUGGUUUCUCCUGCUCUACAGAGUAUGAGAAGACGCGCUGCCAGCUGCAUAGAGAGAGCGCUCUGGGAGCCGGGCCCCGCGGCCCCCGACCCGGUCAGUAUGUGCCGACGUGUGACGCCCAGGGAGGGUACGACCCCAUGCAGUGUCACGCCAGCAUCGGGCAGUGCUGGUGCGUCGACCGUGACGGCCAGGAGAUCGCUGGGACACAAACAGGACCCGGACGCUUUCCCGAGUGUCCUGGUCACGAUGUCCCUCGCCCGAUUGGACCAACGCCCGAUCCUAACGUGAAUCCUUUGCCUCCUGGCAGUCAUAUCCUCUUCGUCCAGAGCGGGAAGAUCGAGUAUAUUCCUCUGGAAGGUCACAAACUGAAGAAGAACCAAGCCAAGACUGUACUGCAUCUCCCGGAGAAAGUGGUGAUCGGAAUUGCUUAUGACUGCGUGGAGAAGAUGGUGUAUUGGACGGACAUCAGCACACCUGCCAUUAGCAAAGCUAGUCUACAGGGAGGAGAACCUGUCCACAUCGUCAAAUCAGAUCUCAGCAGCCCUGAAGGCAUCGCCAUCGACCAUCUGGGCCGAAACGUGUUCUGGACCGACUCCGUCAAGGACAGGAUCGAGGUUUCUUCUUUGGACGGAUCCCAGCGCCGCGUCUUGAUUAACACAGACCUGGUUAACCCGAGGGCCAUCCUGGCCGAUCCCACCAACGGCUACAUUUACUGGGCCGACUGGAACAGGGACGCCCCCAAAAUCGAGAUGGCUUACAUGGACGGCAGAAACCGCAGGGUCCUGGUCAAGGAUGACCUGGGCCUCCCCAACGGUUUAACUCACGACCCCCAGACGUCUCUGCUGUGCUGGGCGGACGCUGGUACACAUAAACUGGAGUGCAUGAAUCCACAGCAGGGCGGUCGGAGGCAGCUUAUGGAGGGGAUUCAGUAUCCCUUCGGACUGACUACUGAUGGAAAGAACCUCUACUACACAGACUGGACGAGGGGAGCGGUAGUCGUCGCUGAUCGAUAUGCUCGUCGAGAAGUGGACGAGUUCCAGCCCCAGAAGCGAACGCGUCUCUACGGGAUCACCGCGGCUCACGCGCACUGCCUGUCCGGUCAGAACCGCUGCUCCGGUGAUAACGGCGGCUGCACGCACUUGUGCCUGGCGACGCCCGCUGGACGCUCGUGCCGGUGCCCGGAGAACCCCGCGGGGCUGGACUGCGUGGAGCGGGAAGACUGAGACCGGGGCGGACCCGUGCUGAUGGACGGCGCUCCCGCGGCGCCACGUCUCGUCCGAAAGACGCAUUAAAGCCGUCUCGGCAUUGAAGAUUUAUAAACGCAUCCGUGCCUUAAAUACGAUCACGGGGCAGUUAACGCCGGUGAGGUCACUGUGAGUUCAGUCUCGUGACUUUCCCCCCAAAUCGUUUUCAUGCAAAACUUAACAGCGGUCGCCCCGAUACUUUUAAAAGAAAGAAAUGCCUGGCAUAAAUCGAUGUUUACACACGCAUCUCUUCAAUAAAAUCGUAUUUUGUUUA